AUGGCGUCACGGGACAGUGUGAAGCAGGAGAGGCUGUCCUGGCCUGUGCUCCUGCUCACUCUGGCAGCUGUCACCUCCUCCUCACUCUCAGCUCUCUCGCUGUACCAGCUGGUGGCCCUCCGCACAGAGAUGGAGGGGCUGAAGUCUGAGGUCUGCCACAGGAGAACAGAGCAACAGGAGCGUGGGCAAAGAGCGCAGGAAAAGUCCAUGAUGGACAAUUUUUGUGCCAAGAGAAGCCGCCCGGAUACGUGGCAACGGCCUGAGCACACUUCUACACUGAUUAGAAAAAAAAGAGUGGCAACUAAUAAAGAGUUAUUAGUAGCUCAGUCUUGUUUGCAGUUUUUGGCAAAUAGCAGCAGGAAAAUCUUCAAAAAAGAAUUUGACUUUGAUGAGCACAUUGCUAUCCCUUGGCAAACGGGCCUGAAGCGAGGCUCUGCCCUGGAGGAGGACCAGGACAGAAUACUGAUCCAACAAGAGGGCUACUACUUUGUUUACAGCCAGGUCUACUACAUGGACACCCAAGUCGCUAUGGGCCACGUGGUCAUCAGGUGGAAGGCCAAUGUUGUGGGGAAUGAAGCUCCUCAUGUGGUUUUGUUCCGCUGCAUCAAAAACAUGAGACAAGAAUACUCCUUUAAUACCUGCUACACUGGAGGUAUUGUCAAACUGGAUAUUGGGGACCACCUGGAGCUGCUGAUUCCCAGAACCGAAGCCAACAUUUCUUUGGAUGGAGAAGGCACCUUUAUGGGUGCUCUCAAACUAGCGUGA